AUCAUUUCCCGGUGCCUGAUCUCGAGGGCGGGGGGAGAAUCCCUCUUUAAAUGCGAUUGAGGAAGGAGGGGAACCUGUGUGUCUAGUGCCUGCAGGGGAAAGGACAAGCCGGUACUUGAACUGAGCAAGCGUCUUCUGCUACGCUUGCUUGGAACGGUGUCAGGUGCUUGCUGUCUCCAGCUCCUGAGCAACUCAAGUCCAGCGUCUCGUUUUGCACCCGCCCUUUCCGCGCUUGUGAUCCGCCUGCUCGCCUCGCUUCCUCGGUCUCCUUGGCGCUGCGUUCAGUUUCAGCCUCGCCUUCCUGCGUUCCGGAGCAGCCCCAGAAAUGCCCGCUUUGGCGCUCUCGCUGGCGCUGUGCGCCCUGCAGAUGUGGCCAGCUGUGGUCGGCGGCCCUCCCCAACAGCGGUUCGCCGUGCUGGACAAACACUGGCCCCUGAGGCUCACCAAGAUCCAAAACUUCGCAUGGCAGAACUGUGGCCCCCCCUCUGAUCCUGCUGUAAUCAGGAGUUUGUCCAUAUCUCCAGAUCCAGUUUCGAUACCGGGAGAUGUGACAGUCAGUGUAGCCGCUGCUACCACUGUGGCCCUCACUUCACCUCUGAAGGGAGAGGUUGUUUUGGAGAAGAAGAUUGGUGAUAUGUGGAUAAAGGUCCCCUGUGUGCAAGAUCUUGGCAGCUGCACAUAUCAAGAUUUGUGUGCCAUACUGGAUCAGGCUAUUCCUCCCGGCCAGCCAUGUCCGGAACCAUUGCAGUCUUAUGACAUUCCUUGCCAUUGCCCCUUCAGAGCGGGUUCUUACAACUUGCCUUCCUCCACCUUCUACAUCCCCACCUUGGAUUUGCCUCCCAUGCUCACCAAUGGGGACUACAAGUUCCAGGUUGUGCUGAGCAAUGGUGACCAACAGCUGGGCUGUCUCAGGUUGUCGCUUUCCCUGCACUCUGAGAGCCGGUGGUAUUGGUGACUACAACGCAGGCAUCUUUGGGCUUGAGUGCCACAUUUCUUGCUCUCCCCCCCCUUGAAUUGCUAAUACUGAGACUUCUUAGCUGCAACUGCUUUUAUGAUGGCUUCUGAGGAGGAGCCAAGAUGAUGAUGUGAACAGCAGCCUCUAUCUUUCACUCUGCUU